CACAGAGAAUCGAAAAAGCUACAAAAGCAAACUGAAAAUCAGCUGUCUCUGAAAAUCAGUUGUUUUCGUUUUUUAUUUUGCUUGCGGGCGAUAAAAAGAGUCAUAAAUGCUUUUCCGGUGCAAGAUAAAAAGAGCAAAGUGAGCAACUCGCAUUGAAGCGCUGAACAUGAAGAGUCUGCAGGUGAACACGACCAGUGGUCCAGUGCGCGGAAAACUGUGUACAGGUGUCUAUGGCCACGAGUACGUCAGCUUCGAGCGGAUUCCGUAUGCACAACCGCCGGUGGGUCCGCUCCGCUUCAUGGCACCACUGCCCGUGGAGCCCUGGACUCAACCACUGGACUGCACCAAAAAAGGGGAGAAGCCCCUCCAGUUCAACCACUACACCAAGCAGCUGGAGGGCGUCGAGGACUGCCUGUACCUGAAUGUCUUCGCCAAAGAGCUCAACUCUGCGAGUCCCCUGCCGCUGAUUGUGUACUUUUUUGGAGGCGGCUUCGAGAAAGGCGAUCCCACCAAGGAACUGCAUAGUCCCGACUACUUUAUGAUGCGGGAUGUGGUCGUGGUAACGGUGUCCUACCGCGUGGGUCCCCUGGGCUUCCUGAGCUUGAGUGAUCCCGCUGUCGGAGUUCCCGGGAACGCUGGCUUGAAGGAUCAGCUUCUGGCGAUGCAGUGGAUCAAGGAGAACGCGGCGAGCUUCAAUGCAGAUCCAAAUAACAUCACCGCCUUUGGGGAGAGUGCCGGAGCUGCCUCCGUUCACUACUUGAUGCUGAACCCCAAGGCGGAGGGUCUCUUCCAGAAGGCCAUCCUGCAGUCGGGCAACGUGCUCUGCUCCUGGGCCCUCUGCCCCAUCAGGAACCUGCCCCACCGACUGGCCGCCACUCUGGGAUUGGAGAGCGCCGCGCACGCGACCGACGCCAUGGUGUUGGACUAUUUGCAGAGUUUGCCGGGGGAGAGGCUCGUUCGGCCGUACCUCCUCAGCGAGGCGGAGCACCUGGACGACUGCGUCUUCCAGUUCGGACCCAUGGUGGAGCCGUACAAGACGGAGCACUGUGUGCUGCCCAAGCACCCGCAGGAGCUGCUGGACAAGGCCUGGGGCAACCGGAUCCCGGUGCUGAUGAGCGGCACCUCCUUCGAGGGACUCCUGAUGUACGCCCGCGUGCAGAUGGCUCCGUAUCUGCUGACCAGCCUCAAGAACGAGCCGGAGCACAUGCUGCCCUUGGAUGUGAAGCGAAGUCUUCCGCAGGCACUGGCUCGCCAUCUCGGCCAGCGACUCCAGGAGACCCACUUCGGCGGAAGCGACCCCUCGUCCAUGUCGCCGGAUUCCUUAAAGGCCUAUUGCGAGUACGCCAGCUACAAGGUGUUCUGGCAUCCCAUCUUGAAAACGCUGAAGUCUCGUAUUAGUCACUCCAAGGCGCCCACCUACUUGUACCGCUUCGAUUUCGAUUCGCCGACCUUCAAUCACCAGCGAUUGAAGUACUGCGGCGACAAGUUGCGUGGCGUGGCCCACGUCGACGAUCACUCGUAUUUGUGGUACGGGGACUUCUCCUGGAAGCUGGACAAGCACACGCCCGAGUUCCUGACCAUCGAGCGAAUGAUCGACAUGGUGACGAGCUUUGUCAGAACCUCCAAUCCGAACUGCAAGCUUAUCACGGACCAGCUUCCUCGGGCCAAGGAAUGGAAGCCCCUAAACAGCAAAUCCGCCUUGGAGUGUCUCAACAUCUCGGAAAACAUCAGGCUGAUAGAACUGCCGGAGCUCCAGAAACUGAGGGUCUGGGAAAGUGUCUGCCAAUCUAGCGACUACAACGAAACGUCGCCGAUCGUGCAGACGACGCAUGGAAAAGUGCAAGGAACUUUGCUUAAAUCGCUGUACGACGAACAAUUCUACGCUUUUGAUGGCAUUCCAUAUGCUGUUCCACCGCUGGGAACUUUGCGCUUUAAGGAGCCACACGAUCUGAAGCCCUGGCGUGGAAUUAGAGACUGCUCAAAGCCGUUAAGCAGGUGCCUGCAAGUGAGCUCCCUAACCAAGUUGGUUGAGGGAUCGGAGGAUUGCCUUUACUUGAAUAUAUCAGUUAAAAAUCUAACUGGUGAGGCUAAGCCUGUAAUGGUCUAUAUCCAUGGAGGGGGUUUCAAGGGCGGUGAUUCCUCAAGACGAGCAUGGGGUCCUGACUAUUUCAUGAAGGAAAACGUUGUGUACAUAAGUAUAGGCCACCGGUUAGGUCCCUUGGUUUUAAGGAUCCGACGCUUGAUUCCUGGGAAUGCUGGUCUAAAGGACAUCAUCCUGGCCCUCAAAUGGAUCAAGGCGAAUGCAGCCAACUUCAAUGGAGACCCGAACAGAAUUACUAUCUUCGGUCACAGUUCUGGCAGCAUGACUGUUCAACUGCUGUUAGCCACUCCUCAAACAGAAGGCCUUUUCCACAAGGCCAUCCUCAUGGCAGGAUACUCAAUGGAGCUCAAUAGUCUGCCCCAAAUAGAAUUCCGCCUGGCCAAACACUUGGGAUACGAAGGGGAAAAUGUGGAUAGAGAGGUUUUCGAGUUUCUCUCAAGGGUAGAUCCACAUUUGCUGGUCUCCGCGGACUUCUUCACUCCAGCGGAGAAGAAACUAGGUCAUUUUAUGGCCUUCAGACCAAUCAUAGAGAGGUAUGCCACGCCCAAUGCUGUUCUCCAAGCGGAACCCAUUGACCUCCAGCAAACUUCUUGGAGCAACCGCAUCCCCAUCAUCUUGGGAGCCAAUAGUGGCGAGGGAAUAAGUCCUAUCAACGCCAUGAAGAUGAACCCAAAAUGGCUAAAGGGGUUCCAGCAAAACCCGGAGAUCGCGUUGCCUUGGACUUUGAGGAAUCGCUGUGAUCCCGGCCAGCGACGUCUUUUGGGUCAGUCACUGAUCCACCACUUCUGCCAGGCUCGUGGCCUUGAGUUGACUGAAGGUCACCAACCCGCAUUAGAGGACCUUUUCACCCACAGCAUGGUGCACUCGAUGGACCGGAUCAUUCAAUCCAGAUUGAAGUACGCCCAGGCACCCACUUAUCUCUACCGCUUCGAUUUCGACUCGCCGGACUUCAACUUUUACCGGAUUCGAUUUAUGGGGAAAGAACUUCGAGGAGUCGGCCAUGUGGACGAGUUGGGAUACAUUUUCGUGCUUCCAGCGACCUUUAAGUUGGAGCAAUCUCGACCAGAGUUCGCCGCCAUCUGCAGAAUGGUGGCCAUGUUCGUGCAGUUUGCCGCCUCCUCGGAUCCCAAUGCUCCUCUCACUAAACCUCUGGUGGAGUGGAAGCCGGUCACUCGGUUUGGAAAAAGAAUGGUUCUCAACAUCAGCGAGGAACUAAAGUUUAUUCCCCAGCCAGAGAUGCCGAAGCUUAAGUUCUUCGACCGGCUUUACGAAACGGCUGGAGGCUUUUCAAAUUCAUUAUAUUUAAUUCAUUCCGCAGACGACACGGGCCGCAACCGGACGACUAAAACGAUGUCAGAGAUUUUGGAAACCAGUGAACUUACCUUGCCUCUGGGUAAAAUUAAGGGCGUUAAGCGACUGAGUCUCUACGAAGACAACUAUUUUAGCUUUGAGAAGAUUCCCUUCGCAAAGCCACCAGUGGGAGAAUUGAGAUUCAAGGCCCCAGUGCCAGCAGAUACAUGGAGCGGAGUAUUGGACUGCAGUCACUUUGCGGAGAAACCAAUCCAGCGGAAUUUAUUGACCCGAAUCAUAGAGGGCACCGAGGAUUGUUUGUAUCUUAACGUGUACUCCAAGCAGCUAAAGAGUGACAAGCCUUUGCCCGUGUUGGUCUAUAUCUAUGGAGGGGCCUUCACCAUCGGCGAGGCCACCCGGGAAAUCUACGGACCAGACUAUUUCAUGACCAAGGAUGUGGUCCUGGUGACGCUGAACUAUCGGGUGGACUGUUUAGGAUUUCUUUCGCUCAAGGAUCCCAGCCUGAAGGUUCCCGGAAAUGCCGGCCUCAAGGAUCAAGUUUUGGCUCUUAAGUGGGUCAAGAAGUACAUUUCCAAUUUCAACGGGGAUGAGAACAACAUUACCAUUUUCGGGGAGAGUGCAGGCGGUUCUUCCACCCACUUCAUGAUGAGCACGGAGCAGACCAAAGGACUGUUCCACAAGGCUAUUCCCAUGUCAGGAACACUGCAUAAUUACUGGUCCAAUAACCCGGCCGAAGACUUUGCUUUCCGUCUGGCUCAGCAGCUUGGCUUCACUGGCGAGAACAAUGACGCCAAGGUGCUGGAGCACCUUCGAGGAGUACCCGCAAGAGAUCUAGUGGCCCACGACUUGAUAACUCCCGAGCACCGAAGGAACGGGUUGCUCUUUGCCUUCGGACCCACCGUGGAAUCGUACGUGGGUGAGGAUUGUGUGGUGCCGAAGUCUCCGGUGGAAAUGGCCCGCGAUGCGUGGUCUAAUAAUUUGCCCAUGAUGCUGGGUGGCACUUCGUUCGAGGGUCUCUUCAUGUACCCGGCUGUGUCUGCCAAUCUGAAGGCAUUGGACACCCUAAGUCAGGAUCCCUCAAGGCUUUUGCCCCGUGAUGUAAGGGACAUUAGCACCAAGGAGGAAAAUGCGGAGUACAGCCAGCGUCUUCUCAAAGCCUACUUCGGAGAUUCGCCACCCAGUUCGGAGCGCUUCAUGAAUAUUCUUGAUUUUUAUUCAUACAAGGUUUUCUGGCACGGCUUCAAUCGCACUUUGAACGCAAGACUUGCCUACGCGAAGGCACCGACCUACUUCUACCGCUUCGACUUUGACUCUCCGAACUUCAACUUCUAUCGGACCAAAUUCUGUGGGGAUAAUAUAAAGACUGGGGUGGCCCAUGCCGAUGACCUUAGCUACUUGUUCCGGAAUGCGCAAUCCUGGAAAUUGGAAAAGUCAUCUGCGGAAUAUCGGACUAUCGAGAGAAUGGUUGGCAUCUGGACGGCAUUCGCAGCUACCUCCAAUCCCAACUGCCCGGAAAUCGGACAUUUAAACUGGAAAUCAUCAACGAAGGAAGAUCCCAAACCAGUACUUAAUAUUAGUAACGAUGUCAAGAUUGUGGAUUUACCCGAGUACGAAAAACUUCAAAUUUGGGAUAGCAUCUACAAACCAGAACAAUUGAUCUAAGUGCUCUAGCUUUUUGGCAAAAGCGGGAAAAACGGCAUCAAUAUUUAUUUAUCCAGUUAGAAGUCAUUUUGUAAAAUUUUAAACAUAGAUAACUUCACUGCAAAAUGUAAAUGUUGACCCAAAAAUACAAAGGCUACUAGUUAAGAAAAGUCAUAAAUAUUACAAGAUGUUCCUAAAAACUAAUAAAAUAAAAUAUUUUAACCACAA